AUAUCCACUCUCCCGUCAACAGUUCGUUCGCAGAGUGUUUUUACCCCGCGUUAUUUUCGUGCGUAUUGUCCGUAUAAACAGCAAACGCACAAUUUUGAGCUGUCUCAAUCAUACAAACAAGUUCCCUGGAUUUAAGGCCAGGAUACUACGAGCCGAUCCAAGGCAGCCAAUAGUGAAGUGUCAUGGAGGUUGAAGACGAUUCUGCGGCCCCGGCCGCUGCUGCAUCUGCGGAGGCAUCGUGUGACGACAGCCGGCUAGUGAUGGCGGGCCCAUCAGUUCAUCCCAGCGUGUCGGUUCAAUUGCAUCCUCUCGUCAUAAUGAACAUCUCUGAUCAUUGGACUCGGAUCCGAGCUCAGAACAACGGUCAAGCCGAACAGGUUUUCGGAGCACUCUUGGGUAAACAGCAAGGCCGGACGAUCGAAGUUUUCAAUUCCUUUGAGCUGAACAUAGAGGGAACGCAUUCGAUCACCAUUAAUGUCGAGUUCCUCGAGAAUCAACAGAAACAGUAUCGCCAGGUAUUCCAAGACCUGGAACUUGUCGGUUGGUACACCACUGGCGGUGAACCCACCGUCUCAGACGUGAAAGUCCAUCAACAAAUCUGUGCGUUCAAUGAUAGCGCGAUCCUGAUGAAACUGGAUCCAACCGCGGGUCGUUCCAACCGCCUGCCUAUCGCGAUGUUUGAGUCCGUCAUAGAGAUGGUUGACAAGGAACCUUCAACGUUGUUCAUCACUCUGCCGAAUUCACUCGUCACGGAGGAAGGAGAGAGAAUCGGACUCGACAACAUGGCACGUCUGUCCGUUGCCGAGAGUCAGGAUAACUCGCUCGCGUCACAACACCUGAGAUCGCAGCACUGCGCCAUCAAAAUGCUACACAGCAGGAUAAAAAUUCUCCAACAGUACGUCAAAGCCGUCGAACAAGGAAUUCUCGAACCCAACCGCUCGAUACUGCGGGAAAUCUUCAGUCUGUGCCGCCAACUGCCGGUCGUCGAAACCGACGAGUUUCGACGGGAGUUCCACAUGCAGUGCAACGAUGUUGCGUUGCAGACAUUCCUCGCCACGCUAACUAAGUGUUGCGAUUGCGUCAAUACCUUCGUAAACAGCUUCAAUGUGUUAUACGAUCGCAAUAGUUUGUUGCGUCGCAAAAGACCGAAUGUAUAAUUUGUAACGGAAUCCUAUUGUUGUGAUUCGAUCGCACAAAAGAGUCAGAAGGAUGGGGGUCCGAGUGAAGCCGAGACUUCUCGUCCAGAAGAGGAUUCGCCUGCCACCGAGAGCUCGAACGGCUGCCUGAGCCGACCCUCGGCGGUUCUCGAGAUUUCCGACAUGCGGUACUGAGAGCAGUGAGCAUCCAUUGAAACCCACUCCGAGACAAAUACUUGGAGUCUGAGGCAGGAGCUCGCGUUCCUCGUCGACAGCGUCUGGGGAUUUCAGUUAGCUCACUGGGGACAGUUCCCGGUGGAAACAAUGUUGGGUGAAUAAAAUGUCGAUUGAUCGGAACCAUCCAUAA